AUGAAUUCCAUAUGUGAUAUCCUUAGCAAGGAUCGCCCAGGUGUUGUACAUAUCAAUUGUCAGGCACUCACGAAAAUACUGGAUGGAUCUAAAAGGGCAAAGAGCCACUAUUUUCUCAAGAACAACAUUUUGGAAAGGGCAACAGAGGUGUUUGGAGUGUAUCUCGAGAAUGGCAAUCACUGGAGCUUUUUUCAUUGCAAUGUUGACAGAAGGUGCAUCACCUACUUUAACUCACUUGGAGAGACAGAGUGGCAAUGCCAAGCAAUUGCUCAGCACUGGUCUGCAUUUGCAGCCUCAAGGGGAGUAAAAGGAGAGUGGGACCUCAAAACCACAAAACAUAAUUUGCAAACCGAUUCAGUGUCAUGUGGUAUCCACACACUUGCAGUUGGCAAAAAAGAUGUUCCACCCAAUGUGCUGCAGCAGCCUAGAAAGGCAAAGACAAAGGUGACGAUAUUCAGCACUUUAACCGAGGGAGAGGCGGAAGACCUUGCCAAGGGGUUUGGAAUGGCACUGACCAAACAUGUGCCAAAAGACAAACUACUUUCUGGGAUACCUGAAGAGGACAUCCCAGCAACACUGAGGACCAUUGAACAAAUGAAGCUUAAUGUGCAAAACCUUGGCCCUGAAUCAGAGCUGGAUUUGGCCACUCACCGCUUUGGACCUACAGCAGUUGAUUUUUUCUUUUCCUUUUUAGAGGACUGUAUGAAAAAAACUCAGCACCCAUAA